UAGGUUUAUUUGGUUAUUUGAAUAUUUUAAUUCAUAAAGUAUUCAAAUUAAACUUUAUUAUACUAGCCUGAUUCUAAAAAGUUGGGACACAAUGUAAAGCAUAUAUGAAAAUAGUACAGAGUGGUUUUUAAAAGUGUUCUUGACCCUAUGUAGUAAUAUCUUUAAUACGGUUGUGUAUUUCAAAUCUCUCCCCAUCGCUACUUGUGAAAAAGCCUUUCAAAUAUGCCACUUUCAUGCUCUUAUAUCAUAAUACUAUCACCUGUUACCAAGUAGCCUGUUCACUGGUGAAUUUGGUGUUUUUGAGCAGUAGACAGUUUCCCCAGCCUUUUCUUGCCCCUGUUUUCACAUCUUUACCAAUAACAAUGAAAUUGAAUUCGUAAAAACAUUAAGAAUACAUGUACUGUUUUCCCUGAGUAUAUGUGAGAAAGGAUUAGAACUCUGUGAUACCCCUACAGCCAGACAGUUAAGCCUGAUUGUCAAAAAAAUAAUCUUUAAUACCUUAUUGCUUAAGUUAUGUGAUUUUUAGUCUGUCAACAUGUGGACACCACGCCGUUUUUAGCUUGAGCCUGCAAUUGCUAACAGUGCAGGCCAAUGAUAGUGAGGACAGAUAUCCUUUACAAAGUUUUUGCAUUCUUUGAAACCAUCUUCAUGUUUUGUUCGUGUAAUUGUAAUAUUUAAUUGUUAUUUUGAACAUAUUACCCAAGUAUUCUAAGAAGAUUAUGGUUUUGAUAAAGUUCUUUUGUGUUAUGGUGGUGAAAGGUAAAUAGCUUGCUUCUCUUUGGUGCUCUUUACCUGAAGUACUCAUGUUGUAAAAACACCAAACUUUAUUGUAUUUUUUACCUCGUCUCAGUGCAUUUGAGAGUGGAGGAGGUGGUCUUUGUGAAUUUUUUUGUUAAAAGGGUAUGCAGGGAAUGUGCACAUGGAAGAUUUGUACUGUAUUCCAUAUUGAAGAUAAUGGAAAAUUAGUAUGUUUUUACACGUAGUCAGAGCUGGUACAGUGCAGUUUUCUAUACAGUGUUUUGAGCUGUUGUGGAGUGGAGUGUAGAUGAUGGAGAUCAGACAUAAUGGUGUGCUAAAAUGGAGGGAACUGUCUGGAGAGUCUCUGGAGACGGGUGAGAGGGAGAGGACAAGGUGAAGGGUCGUGGCCGCAACUACAGGGAAACAGACCAGCUGUCUCUUUAAAAAACAACAACAGCCCAAAUGACCCUAGGCCUCAGCCUGGGCUAUGCUAAUGAGGUUAGUGCUGGUUGGCUUGUCCUGAAUGAAGCCGUCUGUGAUUGGAGGCUGGUUAUGGGGGAGGGGCUGGGCGUGGAUGACAGCUGGGAUUCAGCCAGCCAAGAGCAGGCUGACAGAGAGAGGGAGGAAAAAAAGAGCGAUAGAGGGAGAGCAAGGCAAGAGAGAGGAAGACAGGCUCACAGACUUCAAAAUGCAAGGUAUCCGACCCCCCAUCCUGAACGGGCCAAUGCACCCACGGCCCCUGGUGGCCCUUUUGGACGGGCGUGACUGCACUGUAGAAAUGCCCAUUCUCAAAGAUGUGGCCACAGUAGCCUUCUGUGAUGCCCAGUCUACACAAGAGAUUCACGAGAAGGUGCUAAAUGAGGCAGUGGCUGCCUUACUCUACCACACCAUCACACUGUCCAGAGAUGACUUGGAAAAAUUUAAAGGUCUCCGCGUAAUUGUCAGGAUUGGCUCUGGCUUUGACAAUGUUGAUAUCAAAGCAGCUGCUGAGCUAGGCAUUGCCGUCUGUAACGUGCCCGCGGCCUCGGUGGAGGAGACAGCCGACACUUCGCUAUGUCUGAUUCUCAACCUUUACAGGCGAGUUACCUGGAUGCACCAGGCCCUCAGGGAGGGAACCCGUGCCUCAAGUGUGGAACAGAUCAGGGAGGUAGCCGGUGGUGCUGCUCGCAUCCGGGGUGAGACCCUGGGUAUUAUUGGUCUAGGGCGUGUUGGCCAAGCAGUGGCUCUGCGGGCUAAGGCCUUUGGUUUUGGUGUGAUCUUCUAUGACCCCUACCUGCCAGAUGGCGUGGAGCGUUCACUGGGCCUGCAGCGCAUGGCUACCCUGCAGGACCUGCUCAUCCACUCUGACUGUGUGUCCCUGCACUGCAGCCUCAACGAGCACAACCACCACCUCAUCAAUGACUUCACCAUCAAACAGAUGCGUCAGGGAGCCUUCCUGGUGAAUACAUCAAGAGGUGGCCUGGUUGACGAGAAAGCAUUGGCUCAGGCCCUGAAAGAGGGCCGGAUACGAGGGGCUGCCCUGGAUGUCCAUGAGACGGAACCUUUCAGUUUUUCAACAGGCCCACUAAAGGAUGCCCCUAAUCUGAUCUGCACUCCGCACACAUCCUGGUACAGUGAGCAAGCAUCUGUGGAGGCUCGUGAGGAGGCAGCCAGGGAGGUUCGCCGUGCCAUCACUGGACGUAUCCCUGACAGCCUGAAGAACUGUGUUAAUAAGGAGUAUCUGAUGGCAGCCUCUCAGUGGCCCAGCAUGGAGGCAGCCACUGUUCACCCAGAACUUAAUGGAGCCACUUACAGAUUUCCUCCAGGUCUGAUCAAUGUUGCAGCAGCAGGGGGUCUGCCCGGAGCUGGCGGAGGGGUUGAAAGUCUGGUUUCAGGAACCCUGGCGCACGGCAUCGCCCCUGUCUCCCACCCUCCUCAUGCCCCUUCCCCUAAGGCUGAAGCCGACAGAGACAUCCCCUCCGACCAAUAGCCCCCUCCCGCCGCGGCCAGCACAUUCCGUCACCUCUGGAAACCAGCCCCCACCUCCCAGCAUCAGACGCAGCCCGACCCUCCAGUACAUUGGCAGCGCCAGUUUGACCUGAUGUGGAUCUACACAGUCUUGUUCCUCAGAUCACAUAACCAGCCCAGGAGUGACUUAUCCACAGCUAGCUCCAUCCCAUCCACACCCCAAGAACAGACACAUCCCUCCAUCUUCCUUCUCAUCUGACCCUUUCACCUGCCAUCCCCUCCGCCCUUCACUCCCUCACAACGUCAGCAAUAACUGUUCUCAAGGAUUCAAUGAUUGGAUUGGUUUAUAUGGUUAGUUGGCUGUUGUUUUAAUGGAACAUUGAUCUGUUGUGGUUCUAGGUGUUAAUGUUUGUUUGUUUGUAAAAAAAAAAUAUAUAUAUCAUUUCUGACACGAGGCUUUACAGUCUGUUGCCUCUUGCAGUCCUCCUCUGAUUCUUACCUGUAGAGGCACAGAGGCAGAAAAGUUGAAGCCCCCCUUUGUACAUUAACGGCUCAUGUUACUGCUCUCUUCUUCUUUUCUCCCCUACGCCUUUUUCUUGUGAUGGGGGAAAUGUGUACUUAAGGAAACCAGACAGAAUCACAAUGCAUCCUGUCCUCCCUACCAGGCAUUUAGGCUACCCCUCAGCACAGUUUGGCCCUUGGCACUGUCAUCAGCGUGCUCAGCAGACGGGGUCUGUAAUGCUGUCAGUAUUGAGCUCUCUCUGACAGUCAAAGUAUAUUUUAUCUGCACAGCUCACACUUCAGAUAGUGAUACCCAAGUUCCUUUUUACAGCUGUGACCGUCAUAUUUUAGGACAGUCAUCCCUGUGCUUACACAUGCUUUGUCUGUUGUUGGUUGUUUUGGCAUGAAAUAAUGGAUUAGAGCGUCAUAACAGAGUACAUCUAGGCAUGAACUUCCAUCUUCCAGCCGGAGAGCUACGUGUGAGGUCUUGAUGCAUUGUGCCCGCACAAGAGUCAAACACAGCAAACACUUCCUUGCUGGCAAAACAGCACGCCAGAGGUGUCGCCAGCAGAGGGCAUCAGCUGACCAUUCUGUGAGAUUUGCAUGUAGCUCAUUUCAGUCCAGCAGAUGGACAGUUACAGGUUAACCGUAGUGAUGAAGAACAUGACCACACACUGCCUACAUUCAGAACCCAGGAUGGAUGACCAGGACUUGACUACCACCUUGUUGUUUAAUUAGAUCUUGCUGCACCCCACCACCCUCCACUGUCAUGGCCCCCCUAACACAUGUGCCCAUGAACCAGUAUGCAUCCACCGAUUCCUUUAAGUGUGAGGGGACAGUAGAGAUUAGAUUUCGUGUAGGAGCAAGGAGACCGAGUUCUUGCAUGCUGGCUUUGUUAAUGAUAGUGGCAUGUGUGUGUGCGUGUAUGCAGAUUUGUGUGUGCGUGUGUGUGUGAUGUCCCUCACCCUAUUAUGAUAACAAGCUAUCGUCUUUCCAAAGGAAUAGUCCCUAGGAGUAACUCUUUAACGCUGUUGCCCUGGUGUCAAGGGAACACCUUUCUAGUACCUCAGUAACAGAUAUUGAAUGUACCGUGCAUACCCUUUUAUUUUUUGUACAGAUUUUCUAGAUACUUCUUAACUAUUCUUUACCAGAAGGGUUGUGAAAUUGUAGCAGUAAUGAUACAAUAAAAAAAAAGGUUUCCCCAUGAAAUAAAUUGACAAAAAAUAUUUUUAGGUUCGCUUUAGGUCACUGAAUACUCAGGCUUCAAAACCGACGUGUAUCUCUUUGCCUUUACCUUUUAUUUCCCCAUUGUGGAAAAUUCAGCACAACCCUUUCCCAUUCUUAGACUUCAGACUGUAGUUGAUGUGUCAACCUUCAUCUUACUGGCUAAUGAAUAAUAAGGAAAAAACAAAAGUGGUUUGCCAUGGUCUGCUAGUUUUCUUUUACUAGGACAGUAGUAGUAGAUGCUGUUUUGUUGACCUUUUUGCCCCCUUUCGUCGUCAGGCUGCUCUAUCUAUAGUGCAUGUGAGGUAUCGUUUUAGGGGAAAUACUAUUGGCUUAAAGAAUUUGUGUCAUCUUGCUGUUUCCCUCUGCUCCUCUGGCCUUUUCCCCCCUCAGAGUGUUUUCAACCCGAGUUGCCAUUUUUGUCGUGGUCAGUUUCUGGUGAUGUACAGUUUUCCCCUCAGAGUCUACAAGAGACAUGGAGCAUGUCUGUGUCCUGAGAUACUAGGCUCCUCUGUCAUGUGAUGAGUAUAUAUUUUUAAAAAAUAACCCCCAUAGUUUGGAUUAUGAGCAUAAUAGUGAUCUUAAAUUUUGCUGUUUGAUGAUGAUGAUUAUAUAUAUUUUUUCAGUUCAGCAGUGCACUGUUAUAAAAACUAUUGUUUUAUUGUAGGAUUUCAUUUCUAUGGAUAUGCUUAAUGUGUUCUACAUGUUGUACUGAAACAUUUCAGAGAAAACGAGAUCCCUCUCCUUUUUUUUUUUUGUUUUUUUUUGUUUUUUUUUUAUUCCCCCUGUGUUUUCCCAACUGUCUGUUCCAGCUGAUUUCCUCUGGGCCUUACUUAUUCUCUCCCUGUAAGAGUAGCUGUUAUACAAAGUCGCCAUGGAACCACUCACUGCCUUAAUACAGUUGACCACAGCAGGUGAAGUCAGGAGACACACCCAGUUGAAAAGAACAGACCACAAUCAAGGCCGCUCCGCAAAAUGCUCCUCGCAACCUGACAGGCCUAAAUCCACAACACCUCGCAUGUCUCGUUCAACGGUGAACCAUGUUAAGCUUAAGUUAAGUUUGUUUUUGGCUCAGACACAUAAAUCCAGUGUGAAUUCUUACUUGGCAUUAAUGUGCAAGAUGUUUAUUUUAUCAAAUUUUUAAAAAGUUGAAUUCAGCCCGGCAGUGUGUAUGUACGUUGGCCAACAGAUAAGCACAGUGUGUAUGCUCUCAAAGCCACAGCUAAUAUUUCAGUCUUGGGUGAGAGAAUGCCCACACCCGCCCACCCAGUGCUACCACCACUCUGGAGCUUUAAAGGUGUGGGGGCGGGGGGGAGGGAGGGGAGGGGAGGGCAGUGCGGUCAUUUGGUGUGGUCUGUCAAAAAGGAAAAAAAAAAAAAGCUGAAAAUUAAGAAUCGGUCAAUUUAUCUCUCUCAGGGUUCAAAUGCACACAUAUCCUCCAGCAGUCGCCCUCUGUCUCAUGUCCUUUGUCCAAAGUUUUCUGCCCUCAGAGUGUAGAACAGCCUCCUGUGUUUUUAGAAAUCGCUUUCCCCUCGGUCCCCUCUUUGUGCACAGGUCUGAAUUUUUUUUUUCUCCCCUCUGUUUUGCUUUGUUUUUGGCACUGACAUCUAACCAUCUAACAAGGAAUGAAUGAAUGUUUGAAAGUGACUGUGUGUAAUGUUAAAAAUUGGGAAAUGUAUUUUUACAACAUGUGAACGUGUUUGUUUUUUUUUUUGGUUGUUUUUUUUUUUUCCACUCACUCUCAUUGUGAAUUGAUUUUUUUUUUCUUUCACCAGACUGCAAAAACAAACAAACAAAAAACAAAACAAAAAAAAAAUCUCCUGUAACUAGGCUCUUAAGCUUUAUUUUUGUUUUUGUUUACUUUUUUAUUAGAAACAAUCAUGUUUGUGAUGGUAACUUCCAAUGGUAAACUCCACACCGUAUUUUAAUAAAAUCUCAAAAAAUAAA